UAUAGACAAGACAGCAUUAUUUUAAAAGGAAGUCUACUUUCAUCUCUGACUCCUACAUGAUGAGACCAGAAUCAUCUUGAGAAGAAUGUAAAUUCUGGAUAAAUGAAGCAGCAAAGCUGCAAAGAGACAGCAGACAGGAUUGCUGAAUGAGUGGAUGUUGCUGCCCAGUGACUGUUCAGGUACCACUCCUGAAGGUCAUGGGGUCAUAAGCGUGGAACCUUCUGUGAGGACAAGUCUUCUGUGCAAGCCUCUGAGAUUUAGGACUGGAUUCUAUUGGUAGCACUUCCCCACAACACAAUCAUGAUAUCUGAUGAAAAGCUUACAGUGUAUGCAGGAAGUGCAGAACAAAAUCCAGGGGUCCCCUGCUUGGAUGCUUCUUAUAUAUACACCAGGAAAACCUUCAGGGAUCCAAAUAUUUAAGUAUAAAAGGCAUGAUCCCUAGAUAGGACUUCUUGUACACUGACCCAAAUCUCUCCCAAUUGCCUGGAUUGCUUGUUCCAAAGAUAUGCAUUGUUAGAUCUGGAAUAAAAAAUAAGAACAUCGAUUUGUGGCAAAUUGGAACUUUACAGAGGGAUUACACAAUUUGAAAUACAUUUGAACAACAGUUACGAAUUGGAUGAGAGAGUACGAGAGGUGGACUCUAUGAUUAUUAAGUUGUACCUGUUGCAGAAGUUAAAGGGAUGUGCUUCUUUCUUUUUUGGGGCACUGCACUUUUUACAAUGUAUCUGGAGACAUAAUACUGCUUUGGGUUGAAGAAAUUGAAGAAGCUAAUAUAUUUUAAUAGAUAAUUUCAGUUUUGAUAGAAAACAGCAACAUUUUGAAUCUAAAAAAUUGUCUCAAUAUUUGGAAAUGCCUGAGAGCCAUUUUGGAAAAAGGAAAUAUUUGGUAAAGCUAAUUUGGCCUCCCAACUCUAAGACAUGCUACGAGAAUGUAGGAGUACAACCACUCUAUGGGAGACCUCAAAGAAGGUAGCCAAAAUCCAUAACUGCCAGAGCAAGUCAAGAUCUUCUCUAUAAAAGUCAAUAAGGAAGGCAUCUCCUAACUGGAGUAUAGCAGCAUGGUGAAACACUGCGGGUUGCAAUUCGAAAUGAUCAAGAGUGGAAGAAUAAACGUAUUUCAGUGAUUUGAAAUUGCAGAAGUUUUAUCUUUGUGGCAUUUCUGAAUGCGUACAAAAAUACUGAACAGGAACACUGAAGCAUUAUUGCAGACAAGAAGAGCACGUUGAGAUGGCCUAAAAUACAGCGGAUCAAUAAGCAAUUUUACAUUGCCUUGAAAAGUGCUUGCUCUCCACCAAUUUGCAGUGUAUCGCAACAGAUUAUCAGUGCUAAUAGGCACAGUGAUGUCAGAUCCAUUGUUGUGAUUGCCUAAUUUGGACACACGAUGGCUAAGUCAAGAACUGGACUGUAUGAUAUGGCUUUGUAGUGACUAACAAAUGGACAUAUUGUGAGACUUAAUUUUUUUUUUAUUACUCUAGAGAAAGCUACAAGUCAGUUAAUAUGGGUACUUGAAAUAGCUCUGCCAACAGUCUACUUUGGUUCAUGAUAGCCAUCACACACUUCUAGACUAAUUACAGAAAGUAACAAUGACAUGAUUUCACUUGGUGAAGAAAUAUGACUCUAAAUGUCACCAGUAUGGAUGGAGAAGAGUUAAUAGCUGAAAGAGAUUCAUCUUUUCGUGUCCUUACAGGCUGUUUCCUUUCUGUCCUAAUACUUUCAACACUUCUAGGUAACACCUUGGUGUGUGCUGCUGUUGUUAGGUUUCGUCACCUAAGGUCCAAAGUCACAAACUUUUUUGUGAUUUCACUGGCUGUGUCAGACCUUUUAGUAGCGGUCUUGGUCAUGCCUUGGAAAGCAGUUGCGGAGAUUGCUGGUUUUUGGCCCUUUGGUUCAUUCUGCAACAUCUGGGUUGCUUUUGAUAUAAUGUGUUCAACAGCUUCGAUUUUGAACCUUUGCGUAAUCAGUGUAGAUAGAUACUGGGCCAUCUCCAGUCCAUUUAGAUAUGAAAGAAAAAUGACACCCAAGGUGGCUUUCAUUAUGAUAAGUGUUUGCUGGACAUUAUCAGUCCUGAUAUCUUUCAUUCCAGUGCAACUCAACUGGCAUAAAGCAAAAACAACCAGUUUCUUUGAUUUGAACAUCACUUUACAAGGUAGCACGAUGGACAACUGUGAUUCCAGUUUGAACAGGACAUAUGCAAUUUCUUCAUCACUGAUUAGCUUCUAUAUACCCGUGGCCAUCAUGAUUGUAACUUACACAAGGAUAUACAGAAUAGCAGCUAAACAAAUAAGACGCAUCUCGGCUUUGGAAAGGGCAGCGGUACAUGCUAAGAACUGCCAAAAUACCACUGGCAAUAGAAGCAGUAUUGAUUGCCAGCAACCUGAAAGCUCAUUGAAAACAUCCUUCAAAAGAGAAACGAAAGUUCUAAAAACUUUAUCAGUGAUCAUGGGAGUAUUUGUAUGCUGCUGGUUGCCAUUUUUCAUACUAAACUGCAUGGUGCCAUUUUGUGACCCCAGUGCGAAAACAAGUGGAACAGAGCCUUUCUGUAUUAGUUCUACCACCUUUGAUGUUUUUGUGUGGUUUGGGUGGGCAAAUUCAUCAUUGAAUCCCAUUAUAUAUGCUUUUAAUGCGGAUUUCCGUAAAGCAUUUUCAACACUACUAGGCUGCUACAGGCUCUGCCCCACAUCUAGUAAUGCUAUAGAAACUGUUAGCAUUAACAAUAAUGGAGCAGUAGUCUACUCAUGUCAACAGGAACCGAAGAGUUCAGCUCCAAAAGAGUGUAACUUAGUUUACCUGAUUCCACAUGCUAUUAUCUGUCCGGAAGAUGACAUCUUGAGUAAAGAUGAAGAAAGGUCUAUUUCUAAAAGUUUGGAGAAAAUGUCUCCAGCAUUCUCUGGGAUUUUGGAUUAUGAUGCUGAUGUCUCACUGGAAAAGAUAAAUCCCAUUACACAAAAUGGACAGUCAAAAACCUGAA